GGAGCUGUCCCGACAUGACACGCGCCCGCCUUUCGAACCUCGUUCUGUGUGCCGCCGCUGCAACCUUCGUGGUUGGCUCGGCCAGUGGCAUCACGGUGCAGCGCAAGGCAGGCUCGCUGGACCCCGCGGAGCGAGCCCACCACCGCGCCGGGCCCCGUCCCGCCGUCAGCCCCGGCAUAGUGAGCGCGGUGCUCAAGGUGAAGCUGGCGACACCCUCGGGCACCAAGCACGGCGACUGUGACGAGUGUCAGGAGCAGAGAGAGUGGGACAGCCAAGAGGACGAGGAGGAGAACUCCGAAGAGCGCGAAGAUGACAACGCCAUGGCCGGGAAGGAAGGCGAGGGAAAAACAUCGGUGAAAGUUGUUUCGGGACUGGACGACAGCGCAGAGGAAGAUGACUACGGGAAAAAAAAACACAAAAAGAACGAGCAGAACGAAAUACCCGACGUGCCCGUCCACAGGGGCAGCUUCGUCGGGGUGGAUCAGGAAAACUACGACGACAGCAUCCGACAGAUGGAGUGGAACAUAAGAAACAGUUUGAUCGGGGAUGGCCAUCUUUUCAGAACCCUCCCCCACCACCACAGAAACAGGUACUUUCACUCCGAGAACCCACCCGCAGAAAUUCCAGUGCGGGAAAACGUUCACGGCAGCUUUUUUGAAACUUCCGACGGGUACAAAACGCACCGCCCUGGCUCACACGAGGCGAGAACUCCCAGGCCGUACCACAACGUGAUGACCAAGUAUCAGGAAUAUGACGACGCGAAUCAAGAGGAACAGUAUGUGGCUCGCCUGCUGUCCGCGCUCAUAACUCAGAAACACAACCGAGAGAUGAUUCAUGUGGACGACAAAAUUGAUUUCCCAAAGGUCAAAGAAAAUGUGGAAGAUGCCGCAUUAACUUUGCCGGAUAGCGAAAUAUCCAUCGCUGGCAAAAUGGAUGUUAUUUAAUGAUCAUUCUUACAUCUCCACAUCUUCCUCUAGGUAACGAAAUUAUUUUCAUAUUUCCAUUCAAUUUAUUGUAAGUUAUAGCACAUUUUAAUAUGGAAAUAUUCUCCAAAAAGUAACUGAAUAAGAAGUACUUUUUUUACAUUGGAAAGAAGUUCAAAUGAAAAUUCUUAAACAAAAAAUAUUAACAAUAUAGUAAUAGAACAAAUAAAUAAUUCAACCUGUGAAAAACUUGUAGCUCAAAAAUUAUGUA